AUGGCGCCAAAGAGAGCACCGGCGGCGAUGCAGUCUUCUCUCUACCCUAUCGUCUCAGUGGAUGGUAAGAACUUUACCUGUGAAUCUGGUCCAAAAAGCAUUCAGAUCAACUUUUCCAGAACCAACAGAGUAAAAAUCUCAGAGAAGGAAAAAGUCGUCUCUGGUUAUACGAAAGAACACAUGUUUCUACUUGUUAAUCCUCGGGAUGAAGAUGAAUCUACCAAAUCUCAUCUUCAGGAAGUGCUGAAGUUAUAUAGUAAAGAGUUACCUGACAUGAAAUACGCUUCAAACACUGGGAAGCAAUCUGCAUUUCUCGAGAGAUGCGUCUCUAAAGGCAAGUAUUGUUCAUUGGUUUUGAAGUCCACGCUUAACGGAGUCUCAGAUGAGAUCUUAGCUGCAAUCACCUAUCAAAUAGUCCCUGCUGAUACACAAUAUGCUGAGAUACCUCUUGCUGCUGUAACAUAUACACACCAGAAAAAGGGUUUUGGUAAACUUGUAUAUGAAGAAUUAAUGAAGAGGCUUCAUAGUGUUGGCAUUCGAACUAUAUACUGUUGGGGAGACAAAGAAUCUGAAGGGUUCUGGCUUAAACAGGGAUUUAUAACAUUAGCAGAGGUAGAUCAGAAAGGAAAAGCAAAGAAGUUACACAUUAAGUCUAAUAUUCGAAAAGCCUUGUGUUUUCCCGGUGGUUCAACUCUCAUGGUUUCUCAUCUGGAAAAGGAAUCUUCUCGUAAUCCUGCAAACCUCGAGGUUUCCUCUUCAUGGAAAUAUCACUGUGAGAAAUCUCCACUCUCAGCAAGAAAUAAUUGUGCAGGUCCUGUGGCUGGAGAUUCAGUUAAACUUGGAGAGAGCUUAGGCGAAAGCGUAUAUGUUGACUGUUUCUCUGGUUUUAGAAGUCCAAUGGACUCGAUCACAGGAAAGGAAAAGAAUAAUGUGACCUCUGAUCAAGCUACUACAGCUGACAGUGAGACCAAAUGUUCCACACCGCGCUUGAAGAGAUCUUGGGAAGCUUCACUGUCCUCUCUACAAUCCAAAAGGAUUAGAGCAAACCAAAAUAAUGACUCUGAGAUAGCAAAAAUGGAUUUGGCUCUCAGCUCUGCAAGAGAGCAGAAGCAAUCGAAAGACGGGUCUUCCUCCCAAGUGGAUUUAACCAAGAAUCCUCUGUCCAUAAGUUGCAAAAGAAUUAAUGGUGAACAAUGCAGAACAGCGAUUGAAAUAUCUAACUCUCUGAUCAAUAUGGAAACUCGUCCAGAUGGACAACACUAUACAAUCUUGCUAAUGGACAUUGGUGAUGAAAACAAGAGAGCUUGGUUAAUAGAGGUAAUAAGAAAACUCGGUGGUGAUGUGACCUUGGAUGGCAACUUGAGCACACAUAUUGUCACUGGAAAAGUCAGGAAAACGCUUAAUUUCUGCACUGCUCUUUGCUCUGGGGCUUGGAUAGUAUCACCAAGUUGGUUAAAAGAGAGUUUCCGACAAGGAAGAUUUGCUAAUGAAGCUUCACACAUAUUGCAAGACGAAGAGUACCAGUUGAAAUAUGAAACUGAACUGAAAAGCACAGUUCUUAGAACAAAAGCUAGACCAAACUCAUUGCUCAAAGGAUAUGACAUAUGCAUUGGACCUCACGUUGAGUUACCUAUCGAAACUUCAUCUGCAAUCAUCAAAUCUGCUGGUGGAAAUGUGAUUAAAGGAUUGGAUAAGGUAAAAGAGGCAUCAAAAUCGAUAUACAUAGGAUGCGAAGAAGACAUAGUGGUGACUUUAUGUGCAGCAAAGAAAGGGAUUUGGACAUUUAGUAGUGACUGGUUAAUGAACUGUGUCAUGAAACAACAACUUGAGCUUCAAGUUUCUCAAUUUGUUGAGUCAUUGUGA